GUGGAAGUUGGCACAGGUCAAAGGCCAGAGAGUAGGUGAGAUUCCAGCAUUCUCCACGUCGUCUCUGCAAACUGAGCAUUGAAUAAACUCCUCUCUCUCUCUCUCACUCUCACUCUCACCCCCCACUUUAUAUCUCUAGGUUUGGUGCGAGCGAUCUAUAAAUCUGAAGUUCCAUCACCAAACCAAUCAUGAACCACCAAGCAAACCACCUAAUUCCAGCAAAGUGCCCACCACCAAUGGAGGUCAAGCUAUCGGAAACCACCGUCAUUUAUCCCUCUAGAACACCUUUCAACCACGACCAUGUCCUCCCUCUCUCCCACCUCGACAACGACCAUAACCUCCGUGUUACUUUCCGUUACGUCCGCGCGUACGUUAGCACCAACCACCACGGCGACCCCUUUCAGGUAAUCACCACCGCACUCUCCGACGUUCUCGUCUACUACUAUCCUUUCGCUGGUACCAUACGACAUCGUGACGGGGACGGCCGGCUCGAGCUAUAUUGCACCGUUGGCAAAGGAGUGCCAGUCAUUCAAGCAGCUGUCGACUGCUCGUUGGAGUUGAUCAACUACCUCGACGACUCGGCUGAGCAUUUUCUCGAACAGUUGGUGCCCAACCCCAAUUCAGACGAAGGGCUUGUCAAUCCCUUGAUUUUGCAAGUCACCAUGUUUACUUGUGGCGGGUUUUGUCUCGGGGCUGCUGUGCACCACUCAACGUCGGACGGACUCGGUGCGACUCAGUUCUUCAACGCUGUGGCUGAGUUAGCUCGCGGGACGACUCGGUUAUCGGUCGAGCCGGUUUGGGACCGGACGAGUUUGCUUGGUCCGAGAAAGCCGCCUAAGGUAGAGUUUCCUGUUCAGGAAAUUUUGAGCUUGGAUAAGGGCUUUUCGCCGUACUCGCAGUCGAGUGGACCGGUUGUCAGAGAGUGCUUUCCUGUGACGGACGAGUGGUUGGACCGGUUCAAGGAGUUACUGCGUGAACGGUCUGGUUCGAGCUUUACGACCUUCGAAGCUUUGGGCGCUUACAUUUGGCGAGCAAGGGUUAAAGCCUCUGGGGUUCCAGGUCAUGAGAUAGUGAAAUUUGCCUACUCCAUCAAUAUAAGAAAGCUAGUGAAACCCCCACUACCAGUAGGCUACUGGGGCAAUGGAUGUGUAGCAUUGUAUGUUCAACUCAGUGCCAAAGACUUGGUUGAGCAGCCCAUUUGGGUAACAGCCAAUCUGAUAAAAAAGAGCAAAGGCAAUGCUACCGAUGAGUAUGUGCGCUCAUUCAUCGACUUUCAGGAACUAAAUUAUGAAAAGGGGAUCACUGCUGGAAAAGGAGUGAGUGGAUUCACUGAUUGGAGACACUUGGGCCAUUCGACAGUGGACUUUGGUUGGGGAGGACCUGUAACUGUUUUACCGCUCUCAAGACACCUUCUUGGAAGUGUUGAGCCUUGUUUCUUCUUGCCUUAUUCUUCAGCAACUGAGGGGAAAAAGGAUGGGUUCAAGGUUUUAGUGUACGUCCAAGAAUCUGCUAUGCCUGCUUUCAGGGUGGAGAUGGAUAAGUUUAGCAUCCAAGAGUUUGGGUCAUCUUGAUGUACUUUGCCAUUCUUCUUCCUUGUUGUCUUGUUCUGGAGUUUGGCUGACAAUUGUCAAACCAAGACAAAGAAAAUUUAUGUUUUGUGAAAAUAAUUGCUGGAGAGAAACACAAUCAACAAAUAAAGGUUUCUUUGGUGUUUUAGUUUAUAUAGGAGGAUCAGUUUUCUCAUGUUUUCCCAUUAUGACUCAAUAGAAACUGCGUUGUAGAAUGUGGUUGCAAAGAUGUCAGUAAUUUUGUUCAAUCUUUUUUGUUCGAGUACCAGAUACAAAUGUUAUAGUGUUGGUUUAAGUCACUUUAUUUACAAUCUAAAUCUAUGAAGUGUUUGGAGUUCCUCCUUUAAGUUC